UUGGCCGCUUUCGGUCAUGUGACCAAAACAGAAUCAUGGCUGCCAGCGCUGCAGUCCGGUCGAGCAUGGGGCUGACUUUGAGACUUUCUCGAAGUAUACCGGACUGUAGCAUAUGUCACCUCUACAAGUUAAAGACCUGUGUGACCAGCGUGGGUAGUUUACAAAGGAGGGGUUCCUUUGAUAGUUUCCGGACCAUAAAUCGACACUUGCAGACGAGUAUAGGUCUUUACCACAGUGAGGAGGGGAGCUCCAAUGCAGAGGACCCGGAUGAUGUGGUGAAUGUGGUGUAUAUAGAUCGGUCUGGCCAGAGGAUCCCAGUUAAGGCCAAAGUGGGAGAUAAUGUCAUGUAUCUGGCUCAGAAGCAUGGAAUUGAACUUGAAGGAGCCUGUGAGGCAUCACUGGCCUGCUCAACAUGUCACGUCUAUGUGAGUGCUUCCCAUUAUGAUAAACUGCCAGAACCUGAAGAGAGGGAGGAUGACAUGCUGGACAUGGCGCCCAUGCUUCAGGAGAACUCCCGGCUGGGAUGUCAGAUCAUUCUCACUUCAGAGCUUGAGGGCAUGGAGCUCACCUUGCCCAAAGUCACCAGGAACUUCUAUGUGGACGGCCAUGUUCCCAAACCUCAUUGAGAAGAGGAGGAGAUGAUGAAAAUUGGAGAAAAAUAAGUUGUGGUGCUGCGAGCUAGACACCUUGUGUGCUGGUUGAGUGAGGGGGCGACCAUGAAGAGAUGCACGGCUAGGAUAGUCAAGUCCGUAGCAACUCCUUAGGCUUCUUGCUGGCUGACAAAUUCCACAGUUAACCAAUGACAAGACAAGCCUGCAGAUAUCAGGCAGAGUCAGACACUAUACGAUUCCCACUGAAGGUGAAAUUAAUGGUUACUUACAUAAAAAACUGUGAUGAUGAAGUAUUUAUCCAAGUGGAGUGUUAUCAGGCCAGCAUCAAGAUGCCAUUCAAUCUCACAAACUGUUCUUUGUUAAAACACCAGACAAUUUAAGAGACAUGUCAUGUUUGUUUUAUACACUGCAGAGAAAGUUUUAACAAAGUUCAUCUUUGUGCCGUUUAAUGGAACAUUCCGUUACAGCUCAUAUACGCACAAGUAUCACAAGCUGAUGUCCUUAGUCAUUUCUGCCAGUCCAUCAUUGUCACUCUGAUUCACUUGUCAGAAAAUGCAAGCAUAGCAUUUAUUUUCAUUUCUAUGUACCAAGUUAAUUUGUGUUUGUGUUGUGAUAGCUUUUCAGCACCCACUGAAUAUAGUUGGCCCCAAGUCAUAAGCCUCAAAAAUAUUAUUUUCUGCAUGGUACUAAAGUCCGACACAGAAGAAUAAGAAGCCAUAUGUUAUUAUAAAGUGUAUUUGCAAAAAAAUAAUUUAGUUGCCUGAAGCUUAAAGGAUGGGCUCUCAACAGAGUAAAUCAGAAUUUAGACUUAAAUUGUAUCCACUAUAAAGAUUGCAAAACAUUCAGGCUAAUUGUUUAAAAAGGUGUCCAAUGGGAAAUUAAUUUUAAAGCACUUCCUUUCUGGUGCCAGUGAUUAAGGCUUGAUUAGUUGAUCUGGUUCAGGUGUGCUUUGAUCCAGAGCAGAGUCCGUUUUGACUCUGGUGGGCUUCAUGUUACCAUGGAAUAAGUUUACCACCUCUACCCUUUACUUAAGUCUACUGUACUUGUCCUUACGCACAAAUGUAAGUCAACUGUAUAUAUCGUGUCUUGAAAUUAAAUAUUUAAAGUUGUGCAAUAAAACAAGUUUUAAACAGUUA